CAGGUUGCUACUGCAACUGCACAUUGCAUGGUGCCCUCACUCACAUAUACUCAACUAGGUCCAGACAGUUCUUUAGAUAUACCCCAGUACAACUAAAAAUCACGUGAUCGUGUCACAUGAUUUGCUUCAGUACGCUACGCUUCCAAUAUGGCGGCCUCCAACAGCUGUGAAUGGCAGCAACGAGCAGAAGAGUUACAGCAGAAGUGGGAGAGACUAGUAUCAGAAGCACGUGAUGAUGCAGUUUUGUCAAAAGCCUCUGAUACCUUGCAGUCCCUGAAACAACUUUGCACAGAGAAAACAGAACCAUUUAAUAUUUUAUCAAUUCUACAUCUCUACAGUAAGGCUGUCUUAGACAUUACAUUCUUUGAGGAAAACCAGCUGGUAAAUGAGGACUUUCCAGAGGACUCUUCACAACAGAAGGUCAAAGACCUUAUUCAAAUGCUUUCAGAACCAGAACUUUUAGCCAAAGAAGCUAAUAUGGGCAAAGAGCCUCCAGUUGUUGUCCUUGAGGAUGAAGUGUUGGAAUGUCUGUACUGGAGGCGUGGAGCUCUGCUGUAUAUGUAUAGUCAUACUGUAAGAGAAAGAGAGGGCUGGCUUUGUAGACAUGCAAGUACAUUCAAACAGUGCCUUAAUGACGGAGUUCUUUUCCUGCUGAAAAUGCUAAAGACAAGGAGCCCAGUGAAUCUAAAUGAUGUCACGUUUCGAGAUUUAAGCACUGCUACUUUGCUUAACCAAGGUAUUUUCAGCGAUGUUCACGUCUUGGCUUUAAUGUACUGUGGAGAGAUGUGUUACUGGAUGCUUAAGUAUUGCAGUGACAAAGAACAAUCUACAGAUGAUGGACCCCACAAAGAAUGUUGUAACACGUCACAAUUUAAUUUGCAGGACUUUAAAGGAACAGGGGAGAAAGCUUUAGAGACUUAUAUUUAUGUGUGUGAAGGACCUCUCAGCGGACAUGGUUGGAGUACAGAAAAUGCAAAGAAUAUUUUGCAGUUGUUGAAUAAAAGAUGAAACAGUACAAAUUCACAAUCAUGUUGGACUUUACAAAAGCAAUAAGUUAAAAUGUGUUUUUUUGUUUUUAAAGGUUUCUAUUGGGAACGUUAUUCUAUACAUGAGCCUAUUGUAUGUUUUGGAAGGAAACUAUGCUUUUGCAUUAAAGGGACAGUCUCUAUUCUAAAUUAAGCUUUCAUGAUUCCAAUAGGGCAUGCAAUUUUAAACAACUUUCCAAUUUACCUUUAUCAUCAAAUUUGCUUUGCUCUCUUGAUAUUCUUUGUGGAAAGCUUAACCUGGGUAGGCUCAUAUACUAAUUUCUAAGCCGUUGAACUGCCUCUUAUCUCAGUGCAUUUUGACAGUUAGACAUUGCUAGUUCAUGUGUGUCAGAUAACGCUGUGCUCACUCCUGUGGAGUUAUUUAAGUCUCAGCACUGAUUGGUUAAACUGCAUGUCUGUCAAAAGAACUGAGAUAAGGGGUUAGUCUGCAGAGGCUUCGAUACAAGGUAAUCACAGAGGUAAAAAGCAUAUGACUAUAACUGUUGGUUAUGUGGUAUUAUCUAUCUUUUUUUAAACAAUAACAAUUCUGGAGUAGACCGUCCCUUUAACAUACAAGCCAUGAAAUUGAGGAGAGUAACAGGACCAAUAAUUAUAAACAUACAGCCAAAUAUGUCAGUGUACUAGAAAUAGUUUUAUUUAUAGAAGAUCACUAGUACCAAUAAUUUAAUUAUAAGAGAAAAUGUACAUACUGUCUUUUUAUUAUUUCAAAUAAAAUUUUCAGUAACUUUUAGCAA